AUGAGCUAUGAUAACCUUGUUAGUUCUGUUCUACGAAAACUUGGUUUAGAAGGCGUGAAACGGGUUAAGAAAUUUUUCUAUCGAAUUCCGAUCUCGGUUCUCCAAGAAAUCGUGAAAUAUGAUUGUUUCACGAUUGGUAGUGAUGAGGACUUGCAGGUCCUGUUUCAUUGUCGCCGGCAGUUUUCCGAAGUGAAGAUACCGAAACUGUUGGCGAAGUUGGUUGACGUGGUAUCCAGCUCGGGGGGUUCAAACCGGAAUACCCCAACUAUAGCCACGGUUGCUUGUUCUAGCUCCAGACCUGCGAAUGCAUCUUCCUCCGUCCCUGUGUAUGAACCUCCGGUCCAGCUUGUCGCCUCCGCAUCGUUUGCCAAGGAUCUCAACGAAAGUGGAGGCGGUGAGGUUGGAAUAGGAGAUCAUGUGCCGACCCCCUUACAUUGUGCUGCACCGGCUGGUCUUGGAGAUGCAUUGUUGGAUGAUCCAGUGGACGACGAUGUGGAGCCGGAUAUCAUUGCUGAUGACAGCGGCGAUGAUAUUGGACCGAGUGAGGCUACUGGUGCUAGACGUGAUUCUAGCUCUGGCACACAUCAGUACCCUCCACAUUUUUCAUCUUUGGACUUGGAUACAAUGAGGCAUGAGAGGGAUCAUGGGGAGCCUACUGGUUUUGGCGCUAGAGAUGUUGAAGGGACUGCAGGUCUGACAGAGUUUCAAGUGGGUCAGCAAUUUCAGGACAAGAAUGAGGUUGUGUUAAGUGUGAAGACUUACAGCAUCCGACGCGGGGUACAAUACAAGGUGGUGGAGUCUGACUAUCGCCGGUAUGUUGGGAAGUGUUCUGAGUUUGGGAAUGGGUGCACAUGGUUGAUUCGGCUCAGCCUCCGGCAGCGCAAGUGCAUUUAG